GAGCUCGUACAGCACCUCCUUGUUGUGCACGGUCAGGUGGUUCAUGUACUCUGGCGCGGAAGGAGAGGUCAGGCGCUCAGGGCUCGCCCGCUAGGUCCGGGCCGCGGCGUCCCCCACCCUAAGUCCCACCUCCGGCCGGGCAUGGGUACCCGGGCGGGCCUGCCUCGGCCUGGGCCCACUCACUGGUCCAGAAGCAGCUGUAGGUGCCCACCAAGCCCAUGACGACGCUGCUGGCCAGGGUCCAGGUGAGCGGCGGCACCGCGGGGAACGGCCACUUCACGUGCAGGGGCAUCCCCACCCGGCCCGCGGCCGGCGCUCCCAGCGCCCCGGGCCGGCCUGUGGGGCGCCUCUAGGUCUGCGACCUCGACCGUUCGAGACACUGGCCCCUGACUGGCCCGCGCACGGACAGACAGGAGGCGCGGCGCAACAAGGGACUGGACCGAGGUCCCUUCGCAGGGUCCAGCCAGAUCCAGGCUGGAGUGCAGUAGUGGGAUCACGGCUCACUGCAGCCUCGAUCUCCCAGACUCAAGCGAUUCUCCUGCCUCAGCCUCCCGAGUAGCUGGGACCACAGGCGCCCGCCAUCACACUCUGAUCCACCCGCCUCGGCCUCCCAAAGUGUUGGGAUUACAGCCAGUCUCGCUCUGUCACCAGACUGGAGUGCAGUGGCACAAUCUCGGCUCACUGCAACUGUAGCAGAACGAGUCGCAGACAAAACUCCUCAGACACCAGAUUAAAGAAGGAAGAGGUUUUUUAUUCGUCGGCGAGCGUCGGCAGACUCGUGUCUUAAGAGCCAAGCUCCCCGAAAAAGAAACUCCUAGCCCUUUUAAGGGCUUACAACUCUAAGGGGUCUACGUGAAAAAGUCAUAAUAGAUUAAAGCGCUUGCAUCAAACACCCCUAACUCAGAAGUGUGCAGCCACACUGGGACUCAGAACCCAAGAACAGGGACAGAAGACUCAUGCCCUUGGGGUGCCUGGUCUCGUGGCAUCAGGCAUGACUUCCAGCUCCUGCGCCUUCCCCAGCAACUGCUGACUGGGGACCCAGACUGGGAGCUGAGCGACAGGCCUGGCGAGCGAAGCUCGGGGUCUCACUCAGCCCUAUUCAGGCAGGAGCUGCUCUUCUGGGGUAUCGCGAUCCACUUAAGGAUGAGGCAGACUUGGUGACAAGCUGGUCUGAACAGCGCUCCCAGAGCCAGAACUGAGCCCAGUGAAAGCGCACCCUGGGGCAGCCUGGAUUCCUGGGGGGUCCCCGGCAGCCACACGCAGCCAUGCACUACCCAACUGCACUCCUCUUCCUCAUCCUGGCCAGUAGGGCCCAGGCCUUUCGCAUCUGCGCCUUCAAUGCCCAGCGGCUGACGCUGGCCAAAGUGGCCAGGGAGCAGGUGAUGGACACCUUAGUUCGGAUACUGGCUCGCUGUGACAUCAUGGUGCUGCAGGAGGUGGUGGACUCUUCUGGCAGCGCCAUCCCCCUCCUGCUUCGAGAACUCAAUCGAUUUGAUGGCUCUGGGCCCUACAGCACCCUGAGCAGCCCCCAGCUGGGGCGCAGCACCUACAUGGAGACGUACGUGUACUUCUAUCGGUCACACAAAACACAGGUCCUGAGUUCCUACGUGUACGACGACGAGGAUGAUGUCUUUGCCCGGGAGCCAUUUGUGGCCCAGUUCUCUUUGCCCAGCAAUGUCCUUCCCAGCCUGGUGUUGGUCCCGCUGCACACCACUCCUAAGGCCGUAGAGAAGGAGCUGAACGCCCUCUACGAUGUCUUUCUGGAGGUCUCCCAGCACUGGCAGAGCAAGGAUGUGAUCCUGCUCGGGGACUUCAAUGCUGACUGCGCUUCACUGACCAAAAAGCGCCUGGACAAGCUGGAGCUGCGGACUGAGCCAGGCUUCCACUGGGUGAUUGCCGACGGGGAGGACACCACAGUGCGGGCCAGCACCCACUGCACCUAUGACCGCAUUGUGCUGCACGGGGAGCGCUGCCGGAGUCUGCUGCACACUGCGGCUGCCUUUGACUUCCCCACGAGCUUCCAGCUCACCGAGGAGGAGGCCCUCAACAUCAGUGACCACUACCCCGUGGAGGUGGAGCUGAAGCUGAGCCAAGCGCACAGCGUCCAGCCUCUCAGCCUCACUGUUCUGUUGCUGCUGUCACUCCUGUCCCCUCAGCUGUGCCCUGCCGCCUGAGCGUCCCCCUACCCCCCCAGGGCCUGCUGCCUUUUGGGACUUAAACGCCAGCCUCCCCUGUCCAUCCAGCCCUGGGGCUGGGGAGCUUCAACUACAGUUGCCCUGUGACUGCAGUCCACCCCCACCUGCCUUUUGUUUGAUUUGGCUUGUUCUUUGGUUGGGCUUGUGCCUAGAUUAGGAGAGGAAGCCAGGGGCCCCCAAGGCUGGACUCAUGCCACCUGCCAGGUAGUGUACUAUCAGGAGUGGAGACAGAGUGGGCUCUGGGUUGGGGUAGGGGAAGGGAGGGCUCAGAAAGAGAAAUCAAGAUGUAUGACAAGAAAGAAAGUUACUGAGAACAAAAACCCAGAUUGGUGAGAUACAACACUUGUGCAGCAGAUAUGCCAAUGGGCCAUCUUUAUCGUGGAUUGGUAAGAAUCACCAGGAAACCAUUAAGCCCUGAUAGCUACAAGGAGGGUGGUUAAUCUGCUGCGUCAAACUCCUUCCCUGAAACCAGCAAACACCGGGAAACAUUUUGGCUCAUUGUAAUCCGGUGAACAAUGCAGUCAGGCCUGUUAUAACCACUGAGCAGCCACGCUCGCACCUCCUGGGUGCUGUCGUCUGUUGGCACAGGCUUCUGCAUGCCUGGGAAAGUCCAGCCAAGGCUGGUCAAGGUAACAUCUCCACGCAGAAAAUCUGCACCAGUUAUGUAACCUAAAAAGCUGUGUGAACCCAGGUGCCCCGGUAAAGGGGCUGCAGGACACAGCAAAAUGCCAGCAGCGUGCCGGACCCCUCCCUUCCAUCCUCCUCUCCAAAGAAAAGAGGUCAGGAAAAACACUGGCUGGGACGCUAGAAGGAUCAUGUGUUAACUAUAAUCACAUUUAUGGUUUGGAACCAUCACCCCAAAGUAGAAAAAAAAAGGUAUUCCCAGGUAUGUUUGGCAAAAGAAAAUAAAGAUAAUUAAAAACCUAAGAAA